CAACUAUGACAUCCGAUUGUAGAAAACUAGCAACUCUAGGAUUAGUAGGCAAGCUCGUGAAGCAUACACGCCCAGAGAACUUUGACAAGCUCGUACGCUAUUUAUCUAGCUGGUCAGGUACUGAUAAGUUUUUUAUGCUUAUUCAAUACAUAUCAAAGCUAGUAAUAUGGUCAUUGAAUAAAUCAAAGAAAGCUGAUGGUUUAUCUACUAGAAUGCGCUCACUGAGUGCCCUCGUAGGUGACCACCGUGUUUUACUUCGUUUAUGGGGUCUUUUACCUAUGCUUCAAUGGGCUGAAUCUAUUGAAAGUGAACGUAAAGUCUCAAAGUUGGCACUCAAUGUGGAGAGGUUACAGGCACUUUCUAUGAUAGCUUACUACCCUCUCGAACACACGUGGUAUCUGGCACAUCAUGGUGUCUUACCUGUAACGCCUUCCACCUCCAACAAAAUAUCUGUUUGGUCAUGUCGUUUCUGGAUGUUAUAUACCGUACUUCAGCUCGUUCAUAACUGGGAUGAUCACUCUACUCUCUUGAAGGACAAAGAAAGAGAUCUCUCUGAAGAAAAGGGCGUCAAUAGGUUCGCGAUUGACAAAAAGCUCAAAGGGAUUGUUGACGAUACAAUUAUCAACUUAGCUUAUCUUCCUUUAACUCUCCAUUGGUCUCUUCCAGCUGGUAUCUUUUCAAAUGAUGCUUGGGUUGGUCUAUUUGGAUCUAUAGCUGCUGUAACACAAUUCAAAGUAGGAUAUACCAAUGCGUAAUUCGUAUCUGUAACAAUUCUAACUUCAAUGUAUGAUUACUUAAAUCGUAUAAUUCUUAUUCUUUUAU